AUGCUUUCAACAAUGAAGACAAGAAACAAGCACUGAUCUAUAUCUCCAGCAAUGCUCCGAACCAUCUGAAAUAGUGACAAAAUUUUUCCGCCGCACAGAUGAUUGCGUAGGACCUAAAGACAUUCUUACUACCUCAAACGUUUCUCUCCUUCACAUUGCAGCCAAAAACAACUGGCCAGAUGUUGCCUCAACACUCAUCACCAAGUACCACUGCAAUCCCGAGGCAAUAAAUAACCGCAAAAGCACUCCACUGCACUAUGCUGCUCGCUAUGGAAGCAUGGAAACCCUUAAAUGUCUUAUCAUUGAGCAUGACUGUGAUCCAAUGUCUUUCACAAGGAACGAAUGGACCGCCUUACAUUGGGCAGCAUCUACUGGACAAGUAGACACAUUACGUUACCUUAUUGAGAGUUGCAAUUGUGAUCCCUCUCUCUGUGACACCAAAGGACACAACCUUCUUCACUUGGCUUGUGCCGGUAAUCACAUUGAAUCUGCAAGGUACCUCUUACAGACAGGACUAAUAGACCCGGCCUUUACCUGCAUAUGGGAUUGUAAGCCCAGUGAGUGGGGUCAAAGUACAUCAAAUGGCAACACUGAGACAAUUGAACUAUUAAAGUAUUACGAAGAAUGUCGAAUGAAUUCACCUAUUGAUACUGUAGUGACCGAAUGGAGAGAGCUUGACCUUCGUAUUUUGUAAAUAUUGAUUAUUGUAAAAAGGCUAAAAUCUCUUCUGACAAAAAUGAAAAGAGCAUACACUUAUAUACAAACAGUAUUACAUCAUAUUACAUCACAAGGACAAAACAUUACACAACAAUCAGAAUCAGUAUACAUGAACUAAUAA